AUGCCGAAAUCCGGUGACAAAAAGAACCUUUCAACACAUUUCCUUGCUGGUGGGGGUGCGGGAUUAUGUGAAGCAUUAUGCUGUCAUCCUUUAGAUACGAUAAAAGUGAGAAUGCAAUUGAGUAAGAAGAGUCAUAGGCCAGGCUUUUUUACUGUUGCUGUUAAUAUUAUAAGAAAAGAAUCAUGGUUCGCCUUGUAUAAAGGGUUUGGCGCUGUAGUAACAGGAAUUGUGCCGAAGAUGGCUAUUCGUUUCUCCAGCUUUGAGGCUUAUAAAGGUUUUUUGGCGAAUAAAAAUACUGGCAAAGUUUCAACCACUGCUACAUUUUUUGCCGGUCUUGGCGCAGGUACUACAGAAGCCGUACUCGUUGUGACUCCAAUGGACGUCAUAAAGAUUCGUCUACAAGCUCAACGUCAUUCAAUGACCGAUCCUUUGGAUAUUCCAAAGUAUCGAAAUGCGGCUCAUGCAGCUUAUACUAUAAUAAAAGAAGAGGGUAUUCAAGCAAUGUAUAAAGGUGUUGCUUUGACUGCGCUUCGACAAGCCACAAAUCAAGCUGUCAAUUUCACAGUUUAUCAAGAGAUGAAAAAACAAAUGAAAAAAUUACAAGAAACAAAAGAAGGUCAAGAAUUGCCAACUUAUCAACACUUGUUGAUGGGUGGUUUAAGUGGUGCUAUGGGACCUAUUGCAAAUGCACCUAUUGAUACCAUUAAAACUCGUAUUCAGCGCUCAAGUAGCACUGAAAAAGGUUGGUCUAGAUUCAAAUCAGUGACUACCACUCUUAUAAAAAACGAAGGUUAUUUGGCCUUGUAUAAAGGACUUUUCCCUCGUUUGAUGCGUGUAGGUGUUGACUUUAGAAAGUACCUUGAGCAGGCUUCGGAAUAUUCUCCAUCCCUUUCAGGAUUUGUUAGGGAAAAUAUCGAUUUAGUAGUUCGUUCUCCUCCGAAAGGGACCGAUUUUAAUAGUUUAGAUGGCGCAUGGAAAAAACGGUUUAGAACAACUGUAGAAAUACUUAAUGUGAAGGAGAGUGAUGAUGUGGGAAGUUCCAGUCAGGAACGAAUCAGAGUCCAACGCCGUGGAAAAACUUACGUCAUGUAUGAAAAUGAAAACGAAAUUAUUGGAAAUCAAUUAACGAAAAACCAGGAAAAACGUCUUGCAAGUCAUCAACAAGAUGAAGAAUCUAAGACGGUUGAUGAGGAGGGAAUAGAUAACCUUCAGAAAGAACUGUCACCAGAGAUUUUUGAUUAUGUUGAUAAUGAAAACAUUGCGUUUGAUGAAGUAUCAAUUAACGAAAAUAUACUAAGGAUAUCUGCUAUGAAUUUAGCAAAGCUGGACGAGUCCAAGUACUUUGGGGAAUUUACUCCACAUUUUAUAAAGUAUAAAAAAUCCCAGCAAAAUAGCUUAUUUUCGUGCACGAACGAUGACAUGAUGGAUAUUCGAGGAAGAUCACGAAGAGAUAAUAAAGAUAAAAAAUAUUUGAAUCGAGUUAUGCUUCCAUUUGCCCCAAACAACAGUGAGCACCAUUAUUGGUCAGGAUUUGGGCAUCGUUUUUUCUCAAGGACAUUACAAGAAUUUAUAGGUCUUGACUGGAGAGCCAUGGAAGUUCCCUUUGCAGAUUUGUUAUCGUGGACGUGGAAAACGGGAGAAGAAACUUUUAUUGGAGAGCAAGCCGGACCUCCCACUAAAUCUGAUUUAACAAAACUUACAAUGGAUUCUUUUAAAUUGUACAGAGAGAUGAGAGAUUGUUUAAACGUUAGGAUUUUACGAGCCAUGGGAAAAGGUGACAUGAAUUACAAUAACCGGUCUGUUUUCGGAAUAUUGGGUUAUCUUUUCGAAAUCAAAAUGCUUAUAAUAUGGAAAGAUGGAAUGUCAGAGAUGAAAUCAGGUAUAUUAAGAUUAUUGGAAUUUAUGAUGAUUAUCAAAAUCGAAAUGGAAAAUAAUGUUGAAACUAAAUAUAAUGCUAAAUAUAUACAGAUUUUCAAAAGAAAAUUUAAUGAGAUUAUUCCAACAAGGCCAUCACCUUCAAAAAUCGCGAAGAAAUAG